ACUGAUGCCAUGUGGUCGUUGAAUUUUCGUGCUGAAAACUAAAUUUUCCACUUAAAAUUGUCUUUAAACUCACCAUGAUGCAAAAGAAAAUCGAUACCAUUGUAAUUGACACAAGCGCAUUCAUCAGAAACGCUCCUCUGCAGAUGCUCUGAGAAUGAAUCUCGACGACGCCCCAUCCACUCCGCGGAGGAAACCUCCGACGCAAUUUAACCUUUCGAGUCUGCCUGUGACGCCCACUGUACCUGAGGUGUCGCUCCUGCUAGACCAAAACUACCGACCACUCCAACCUCGGCAGGGCGUGCAGCAAAGUCCCUCGGCCUCGAACGUCCAUCAGGGUCAACCGACAACGCCUCCCGUAACUCGCAUCCAAGAGCCUCAAUUUCGAAUUUCGUCUCCUACAGGUUUUGGGACACCGUCCGGAAGUCACCAAAGACCAGCUCUUCCCCCACGAACCAACCCUCCAGUUCUGAAUGGUGUCCAAGAUGCUUCUUCUAAAUUACACGCCUUUGAUGUCCAGGCAGUUGAGCCCUUCCCGAACUGCAGAAGCCCUCCGAGCUUUCAGCAUUCGCCACUGGUGACUUCACCGGCCGUCAACGAAGAUGGCCCUCGGAAGCAGGGACCGGUGCAAGUCGACUACGCCGCCAACCUGAUGCUGAACGUUGAGAAAAAACUGCUGGAACAGCGGGUGAAGGAGUUGGAGGAGGAGAAUCGGUGUUUGCGAGACCGAGUCGGACACCUUGAGAGUCAGCAGAACUCCCUUCAGCAGGUCAAGAUGGACGCCCUGGCCGAGCAGACGGCGGCCUGUCUUCGACUCCUGGAGAACCUGAACAACAAAAAGGUCCAGUUCGAGCGGUCGACCCAGACGGACGAGUCGUCUAUCGGCAAACCUUCAGAAGUUCAACAAAUGCCACCCUUUUACGUCAACUCUCCUCAGCCCUUCCAACCGCAAACCGAGGAGAACUCUGAAGAUUUUUACAACAACGCCCUGAAGGCCAUGCAAGGGUUCUUCCCUCAGAGGGACCUGAAGGUUUCCGUUCAGGAGACAACCGUGAACCAAGCCGGAGCCACUAGAAAAAACAUGGUCAUGUUUGACACGUGCUACCUUCCUCGAGUGCAGCCCGUCCCUGAGCCGAGCCAACGGGUGUCCGACAUCAGCGCCCACAUGAACCAGCUGGCCCUAAAACACCUGAGUAGUCCUGAGAUUCCACCUGAGGGGCUGUCAAAGCAGCCGUGCAUGACUUAUUACAACAACCUGUCCAUGUCCACCAAGCAGUUUUUGGAGAAAUUGAGGACUGGAGCUGUUGGACAGGAGGAAAAGAUUGAGGAAGAGCACGAGGAGGUUUUCGGACAGCAGAAAAGUAGGCAGGGCUCCUCGACGGACAAGAUUCUCGACAUCACUGCAAUUAAGCAGCAGAACAAGUUGAUGUGAACGAACAAUGUUGAAAACUGAUAUUCUUUUUGCAUUUAUUCCACUAUUAUGUAAUUUAGGAUCUAAUUAAAAAGUAAUAUUCAAGUGCCUUACAUUCCUAUUUUGAAAUAAAGUCUUUCAGUUGAAUUGAUAAUAACGAU